ACUACGCCACCUGUCGCGCGGUCACCACGCUUUCAUUGAAUAACCGGGACUGUUUUCUUGACGCAAGCGUACUGAGGCCCAACAAAGGGCCGAAAUAAGAACGAUUCGCAAGUGAAUCUGAUGUAUUUAUGUCAUAAAAAUGGUGAAAUCUGUGAAGUGGCGAGUAGAAAUUAGGAUAUUCGACGUGUCGAAUCAUGACCGAGGCAUCUGAAAAUGUCUGCGUGGUGCGUGUGCGGGCGCAAGUGAUGUGUCGCGACGAAGGCACCGGCGGCUGGGUCGCCCUCGGGGGCGGAGGCCUGGCCGACGUGAUGGUGGGCAAGCGGCAGCGCGCGGCAGGGGGCGACAGUAACGGCGACACGUCAUCAUCGUCCGCAAACGCACCGACACACGAUUUCUUCAUACACGGAAAACGGAUCAGCGACAACAUGGUGGUAUUAGAAUGCACAAUAAAGAAGGAUUUCCAAUACAACAAGGUGAUGCCAACGUUCCACCACUGGGUCACGGAGGAGAAACGGUUCGGGCUCACGUUCCAGACGGCCGCGGAUGCGCGCGCAUUCGACCGCGGCGUGCGGACCGCCAUCGAGGAGCUUUUAGACGGUCUGGGCGGGGCGUGGCCUGCGCUUCACGCGUACAAAAAACACAAUCCAGCGCCGGCCGACGAGGAUGAGGAGCAAAACAUAUUUGAGUGUCUAAAUCUACCGACGGACUCCCGUUCGAGCUCCGAGAACUCCACGGCCAGCCGCGUCCGACACGCUCACGACCUCACGCAGACGCCCAUCCUCUCCGCCAUCAACCUGCCGCGCCAUCACGAUACAAUUAAAACGUACGAGAUCCAGUAUGAAGAUAAAAUGGCUGACGACGAUCCGGAGCGGUGUCCAUACGUACAUCUGUCAGCUGUCCACGAAUACACGUAUCCGCAAGUGGGUCCGGGCGGCAUCAUCAGCUCCGAAAAGUCCUCACCGAACACCAAACCGCCAUUAUUGAAGAGAGACUCUGGGUCGAUAAAAAAGCAUCCGUACAGUGGGCCACCGCCGCUACCCGACAAGAAGCCUACUGAAACCUUCCAGGCCAGGCUCAAGUGCAGACAUUGUCACGAAUGGUACCUAGAGAGUGCGAACAGAGCUGGCGCGUGCGAAUUCGCUCCCGACGCCUUCAAGACUUGCAUCGACGCCGUUUCCUGUAUCAAAUGUGCACAGUGCAUGCUGUACCACUGUAUGUCGGACGCGGAGGGCGACUUCGCCAUGCACCCGUGCGCAUGCGCACCAACAGACCACGCCUGCGCCAAGCGGUGGGUGGGGCUGGCGCUGCUGUCGCUGCUGGUGCCGUGCCUGUGCUGCUACGCGCCGCUGCGCUGCCUGCACCGCGCAUGCGCGCGCGCGCACGUGGCCGGCGCCGCGCACCGCCCGAGCGCGCGCGACCAGUAGCGCCGGCCC